AUGAUGGCAGUGAAUACUUGCAACAAAUUGAACAAAUUGAUGAUAAGUGGUACGUUUCUACUUCUGCACCAAGUUUACCGAGUGACUACCAUGGAAUGUGGAACAGUGAACAUAGUUCGUCCUCGUGUAUUAGGUGGAACUGAUGCACUCAAAGGUGAAUGGCCAUUUGUUGCGACCAUUCAGAAUCAAUCUAAUUAUAUAUGUGGCGGAACAAUCAUUUCCAACAGACACAUACUGACAGCUGCUCAUUGCGUUCAAAAGAAGAACUCAUUGCGGAUUCUGUCGCCGCAUGAAGUCAUUGUCCGUGUCGGAUCAUACAACAUCAGCAAUGAAAGCGAAAUGGGAGUUGUUCAGAGAAAUGUUUCUGAUAUUUUCAUUCAUCCUGAUUGGGAUGUGUUUGCGUACGCAUUCGAUGCUGACAUUGCAAUACUCGUUCUCAGCGAAACUAUCACUUUUACCUAUGGCAUUCAACCAGUUUGUAUGCCAGCCGAUGGUAUUAUGGAACAGGUUGAAGGGAUCGUUGUUGGGUGGGGUCUUCAGGAAAAUCGAAUGAGAGCUGAAAUUCCAAGGCAAACAUCUGUAAGAGCUAUAAAUGAAUCCCACUGUUUGCGGGAAGAUAAUGGCAUUGCAAUCUUCACGUCAGCGCGUACAUUCUGUGGAGGAGAUGGUGAUGGUACACCAAGUUCCGGUGACUCUGGAGGCGGAUUUUUUUUCAUUUCCGGUUCUUCCUGGGCUCAGUAUGGUAUAUUGUCAGCGAUUCGUGCAAACGCUACUGGCCAUGUCAUCCCAAAUGCAUAUCACAUUUACACCAAUCUUACACAGUUCAAAAAUUGGAUGAUUGAAACGGUGAAUCAAACUGGUGGAGAGGUGGGUGAGGCCGUCUUGAGUAUUAUCAUAAACGGUUACUGCGAUUAUACUGACUCAGCUGACCCGGAUAAAGCAUUUUACAAGUGUUGGUUGUAUGACAUCGACAUUCAGAGAAAUAAUGUUGAGGUGAGUCGGUUCGUGGGCUCACAUUUAUUGGGAAAAACCAAUAUGGAUGUGGAGUCGAUUCAUUUCCAAAACGGGACUAUGUACUACCUCCCGAACGGAUUUGGAUUAUUUUUUGGAAACAUCAAGUACAUGAUUGUAGGAGAUGGUAAACCGGACGGGGUAAUCUUGGGUACAAAGGCGAUCAGACGAUCGGACUUACAAAAUUUGGACAAAUUGCUAAAAAUAAGUUUUCUCCGGAAUGAUAUUGAGACUCUUAAUGGGGACUCUUUGUGGGACCUUCCGAAUUUGCAAUUUUUCAGAUUAAUUUACAACAGGCUCAGAACACUCUCAGACGAAACAUUUAUCAAAAACAAAGAGCUCAAAGAAGUCUAUCUGAAUUCGAAUCAACUGAGCUCGUUGCCAGCAAGUUUAUUCGAAAACAAUUUGUUGCUGGAGAUUGUUGAUCUUCGAAAAAAUUUCCUCCGAACCAUCGACGAAAGACUAUUUCAAACGAAUUCCAGGCUGAGAGGAAUUUCUUUCGUUUCAAAUCUACUAGAAAUGUUGCCAGCAAAUUUAUUGAAAAAUAUAUUUUCGCUGACGUUGGUUGAUUUCAAAAACAAUUUAUUGACGACAAUUGACGAAACUCUGUUUGAAACCAAUGGUAAUCUUACGGCAGCGUCCUUUGCCUCAAACCGAAUCGAGUCACUGCCCCGAAAUCUAUUUCGAAAUAAUUCAUUGCUUGACAUCGUGUACUUCCGAAACAAUUCGUUAACAGCUCUCAAUGAUAAUUUGUUUGAAAAAAAUGAAAAGCUCAAAUCAGUCUCGUUUGCCUCAAAUAGAUUGGCAUUGUUACAACGAAAUUUGUUCAAAAAUAAUUUACUAUUACGGUGGAUUGACUUCUCCAACAACACGUUAAAAGACAUUUAUAUGGACUUUGACGAAUUCCAACAACUUAGGCUCAUUGAUUUAACCCUGAACAAUUGCGUAAAUGCAAAGUUUGUUAGGCAAACUAACCGUAAUCCAACAAAUGAUAGCAAGAUUUUUGGAAAUGUAGCCGAAUUUAAAAGACAUGUAUCGGCGAGUUGCAUUGGCUAAGGGUAUACAUACUUUUGACUAGGUUCUGUCCGAAGAGUGUUUUGAGUGUUUUAUUAAAACAUGCCGAGUCCACUAUUCAUGUAUAAUGUGAGUGUGAGUGAGAUACUGUGGCGGAUCGAAGUAUCCCAUUGAAUUAAAAGUGGUCACAGUUACCCAUUUGUACCCUUUAUAUACA